ACUACCUGCUGCCUCUACAGCAGCUGCGCUCCCAUCUACAUCCAACCACAAACCACCGGCGACGACGACGACGCCUCCUCCUCUUCGGCGGCGACGACCAAUCCUCCUCCUCUCUCUCUCUCGCUCUCCCCCACACCCCACAGGAAAAAUAGAAUUGGAAAGCUGUUAAAUUGCUCUGGGUGUUGCUGUUGUUUGAUUUUGCUGUUUUCCGUUCUGGCGGAGGAAAGUUUCUUUUACUCUCUCUCUGUCUCUAUCUUUCUCUCCGCCUCUAGUUUUGAAAUUAAACUGCCAUCUCCCAGAGGCUUAGCCGCCAAAACCAAACGACCACGUCACUCUUCCUCUCUAGCAACAAGAGCUGCUAGAGCCAAAGCGAGUGGAAGUGUUCUGAUGGAGGCACUUUUAGGGUUUAAGGAAGAAUCAACAGAUUAUGACCAACUUGUGAUAUCCAAGCCGUCGUCAUCAGCAUCCUACAGCUACAAAUUAGUGCCGUGGUUGAGCUGGGACGAGUGGCUUUUCGUCGACGAAUCUCUCUUUUCGAAUUCACCUGAAUCUGUGGCCUCCGCUUUAAGAAGAAUAUCAGCAUGGAGAAGCAGAGGUUGUCUUCCUGUUGUAAUUGAAGUUACGGCGUCGAUUAUUGAAAUUCAUCAAAAAGAUCCUCACUUUAGAAAGGACCAGUCAAAUGAUGCUUUGGAUAAUUGCAGAGCAGAUCAAUCAAGUGAUGCUUCACUUUCAGACGAAAUGCUGGCCAUGUUAUAUUGUAUGGCAAUCAUGAGGCUUGUGAAUGGUGUUGUUGAGAAGACACGGAAGAAAACAGAGGUUUCAAUUGCUGUGGCUGCUGAUGCAAUUGGCAUUCCACGUACACUGAUUGAUAUUCGUCAUGAGGGAUCUCACCGUGAACUUCCCGCACUGGAGGUUGUUCGUAGUGCUUCAGUUAAGGCCCUUGAUUGGUUGAAGUACUACUACUGGGAGCCUCAGAAGAAGGCAAUUCCGUUUCAUGGUAAUGAGACUGCUGACAUCAGAACUGAGAUAAGGUCGAAAUUCCAUGAAUUGGCUUUCUGCUUAAGAGUUAAGAACACCCCUCCGUCGCUUUCUUCAAAAGUCAAGGAAAAACGUGGUUCUAAGAAAGACCUUACCAAGAUAUUGAAAAGUCUUGUAGGGUUGUAUGCUUCCUUCUCCUCAGAAGUUGUUUCUGUACUGUUGGAGAUCUUGUUGCAUGCUAUAAAUAUCUCAGAUUCCUCGAAGCUUCCAGUAAACACCCAAAAUGGCCCGAGCCUACAUAUUUCAUUGAAUGAGUGGAAGCUUGUGAUAACAAAAUUUUCAAUUAAGGAACCAGAGUUACUUCUGGCUCUCCUGAAUGCAGCUCUUGAUAUGUUUGAGACUCAGGAAGCAGUGCUAUUUGAGACAGGAGGGGUUCGCACAUCAUCAGACAGGGCAGAGAUACUUCAAGUUGAACACCUCUCUUCUCUGUUUAAGUGGCUGGUUGGGAAUUUUGAAGGAUUAAAGCCUCAUCUUGAAAAAGAUUCCGCACCUGAGAUCAAAGUUUCUUCAGGAGAAAAAACGAUAUCGAAAGCAAUUCUGAUGGAACUCCUACGUAAAUGCCUUGUUCUAUCAGCUUCUGCUAAUAACCAGCUCAUGGAUUCUGCCGUCCAUCUUGCACAACUGACAGGGGACAACUACCUAUUGGGAAAACUGAACAAACUCUCUUCAUUAGUUUCAUCAAAUUUGGAUGUUACUGAAGAAGAUGAUUCUCUUAAACAUUCAACUAAUGUAUUUAAGAACGAAGACGAGUCUAUAAGUGAAGCAGCAAAGAAGCUAGAGAUGAUUAAACAGCGCAAAAUGAAGAGCAAAGUAGUGAAGAGAACAGAUGGUGAUGCUGGAAAUACUAGCAGAUGGGUUCUGGCCAAAUCAUGGAACCCGUGUCCAAUUGGAAUGUUGCCUCAAGCUGUUGGAUCUUCUGGUUGCCUUCCCGUUCUGGACUUUAAUACUGCCCCAGAAAAGGUUUCUCAGUUACUAGGAAGAAAAGAGAACUGGGAAUUGAACCAGUGUAGCGGCAAGAGAGAAGCUAGUUCCGAUAUACAGCUACUAGAUAACAGAUGUGUUAAGAAGUUGAGGGAAACAGAGGAUGGCUGUGUAUCAGAUAGUGAGCAUGUUUUAUCCACAGAAGAUGUCAGUGGUCAUCUCAUGAUAGGCGGGGUCUGGAAGAAAGUUGGGGAAGAAGAACUACUUGCCAUCAAGUCUGCUGUAAGGAUUUGGCCACACAAAAAAAAGCCUGCUGUAAAGAUUGGGCCACACCAAAAAGAAAGCCAGUAAGGAUACUAAUUUAGUCACUGAUUUAUUCAAAGCUAGGGUAGGUCUAAUUUUGGAAGCUUUUGUUAGCAUCUAUGCAGUUUUGAUUUAUAGUGGUGAUAAAUUAGUGACAAGCAGUUUUGAUUUAUAUUUUGUAGUGCACUAUGUGAUUAUCUGGGUUAUAAAAGUUGUAACCAGAGUUACAUUAGCUGGCGGGUUCUUCCAUUUUAGCACUCCGCCAGAGAUUUUUUUUUUUUUUAUGUUAUUAUUAUUAUUAUUAUUUUAUAAACUCACCAUGGUUUAUUUUCACUAAGACACUGGUUACAUUAUGUUAUUCAAUUUUGUGUUCAAUGAUUUGAUAUCAGCCGGAACAUUUUUCAAUCUUAUUAUUAAUCAGGAAAAAACUUGGCUCCUUAAAAUUGAGGAGCUCCUCUUUACGGUAAAUGUGGAAAAAACGAGAAGAAAAAAACAAAAUAUUGUGAGCUAAGAAGACAAUAACAAG